ACCAAACAGAUGCCAUUGCCACCCGCUACUUCUCACCUCCCAGUCCCCGACCCAAAACCCUCUCCCCCUCUCUCUCUCUCUGCAAUUACAAAUUUCGGCAUUUCUCACGUCCCAGUUCCCACCGUAAAUCCAAAGCCCUAAUCCCCAAAUCUCGUUCAAAUAAAAAGUAAUCAAUAAUCAUGUGCUCAUCUUGUGCGCCACCUUCUUCCUCCCUUUUCCUUCCCACAUACACUUCCUUCCUCCUACGACGCCGCACUCUCUCCCCGAACUUAACUCUCCUGAAACCCAAAUCCACAAGGCCCAGACCGCGCUUCUCUGCUUCGCUCGCUCAGCGAAACCUCGACAUUUCAUGGUUCCCCUCGGACCAAUCAGCCAACGGCGACUAUGGCGGUUGGGCAAUCGUCGAUUCUCCGGUUCCCGUAAAAACCCAGGGUUGCCUAAAUUUGUAAUUGGGGGCUUUGGGGCUUCACUGGCGGUAGUAGUCGCCGCCAUUGCUUACUUCUCGCUGUCUAAGAAAGGUUUUAAGUUUCAAAUUACGAGUCCGUUGCAUGCUUUUCACGGGAUAUUGAGUCGGGACUCUGAUACUGAAACUGCAAACCAAGGAGCAUUGGAUGAGUAUGCCAUGGUCCCUGAGGCAAGUCCACAGACUGUUCCUAUAGCUGAGAGCGGAAAUGUUACUUCAGCAUCCGUGAAGAAGCUUGAACGCAUUAUAAUCCCAGUUGCUGUAGAUUCUACUCAACAGGAAGCUCUGGCAGUUUUGAAGAAAUUGAAGAUUAUUGAAGAUGAUGUCAAGGCUGAUGAAUUGUGUACUAGAAGGGAAUAUGCAAGAUGGCUAGUUCAAUUAAGCUCAUCACUUGAAAGGAAUGCAAAGCACCGGCUUGUCCCAUCAGUUUCACUUGCUGGAUCCAUAGUUUCUGCAUUUGAUGAUGUGAAUAUUGAAGACCCAGAUUUUGGGUCCAUUCAAGCCCUGGCGGAGGCUGGUGUCAUCCCUAGCAAGUUAUCACAGAAGAGCUCCAGUAAUGAUGGUCUAAACGGCCAUGGAAACAUCAAUUUUUCACCUGAGAGGUUUAUCUCUCGACAAGACCUAAUUGAUUGGAAGGCCCAUUUAGAGUAUGACUUUUUGCCCGGAGUAAUACAGAAGAUAUCAACCACAGCAACAGUAGGUUUUAUGGAUGUGAAAGAGAUCAGUUCAGAUGCACCAGCAGGACUAUAUAGAGACAUGCUGACAGAGGAAAAUAGCAUACUCAGAAAAGUUUUUGGACAGUGCAAGCGGCUUCAGCCAAACAAACCUUCAACAAAAGCACAAGCAGCAGUGGCGUUGACAAGUGGCAGGAUCGUGGAAUCAAUUUCUUGUGAGUUGUUGAGAAUAAAGGCUGAAAAUUCUGCAAGGAAGGCUGAGACGGAAGUUAUCAGGUCCGAAUUGCUCGACAGGGAAGAGAUACAAAAGUUUUGGGAUGAGAAAAUGAAUGCGGAGAAAACCCGUGGUCUUGAGGUGGAGAAGGCUUAUCUUGCUGCCCUUAGUGAUUUGGAACAGGAGAAGAUUACCCAAGAAAAGAAUUUUUCCGAGAUUUUAAAGGAGAAGGCAGCUAUGGACUGCCAGAGGCAAUUACUUCUCAGUCUCAAGAAAGAGGUCAAUGAGAUGUCUGAAAAGCUCGCAUCUGAGAGGUCUACUUAUGUUGCUGAGAAUUGUGAUUUGCAGAAUACGCUCAACGAUUUAGAGACAAAGCAGGAAAGUAUGCUUGAUAGGAAAUCCAUACUUGAAGCUGAGAUAGAAGCUAUUCGGAUCCUUAGAUCGUGGGUAGAAGAUGAAGCAAGAAGAAGCCAAGCUCGUGCCAAGGUACUUGAGGAGGUAGGACGAAGGUGGAAAUGGGAUGACCAGGCCCCUUGACGGGAUGUAGAGAGAUAUAAUCCUCGUUUUUUUAUAAGAUCAGAGUUGAGCAAUUCACAGGGAAGUUCUGAUUAUUUUCCGGUGUAGGUUUGUACAAUUUCGAAUGCAGAAUGCCAUUGGCAUGAGCAAUCUGAAUGAUUUGUCCAUUGUAUGUAUCCAGAAAAAUCAAUCGGGAAAAUAAUGUGAUAUUAUGACGGUUGUGCUUUUGAGUAACGCAGUUGAAGUGUGA